GCGUAACCCAAAAGUAAUAAAUGAGUGGAAUGGGAAGAAGAUAGUCAGAAAAGGAAGUUUCAAGUCCGACCUGACCACGCGACGCAAACACCUAACUAAGUAAGCUAACCCAACCUAACCACUCCGCUCUCUCUCUCUCUCUCUCUCUCUCUCUCUCUCUCUUCUGAAUGCAACCACCGUCGUCCUCGUCUGUUCACAGGUGACUAGGUGUUAAAAUGAGCGGUGUCAAGAAUAAUACAAGGGUUCACGCUGAUGACAAACCUUUUCCUGGAUGCUUGGGAAGAAUGGUUAAUCUCUUUGAUUUGACUCCUUCUACUGUAAAUGCAAACAAGCUUCUCACCGAUAAACCCCACCGCGAUCAUCAUGCAGCAUCUCUUUCAAGAAGUCAAUCCGAUGUUUCGAGGACUGCAAGUCCUUCAUUUGGUGAUCGGAUAGAAGAUAAGCCGAUUGUUUCUGACUCAAUGAGAGCGUCUUCAAAUAAAAAAGUAAAUGGAACACCCAUCAAGAUGCUCAUGGACCAAGAAAUGUCCAAAGAAAUUGUUUCCAAGCAUAGUCCACCAAAUGUGGUUGCAAAAUUAAUGGGCCUUGAAGCCCUUCCACGGGGAGAACAUAGUUUAGCUGUGGAGAGAAGCCCUGGAGGAGAUUGUUCUCAGCAUAUGUGUAGUCAUUCUGCGACAUCAUUCAAUCAUUGGCAGCUGGAAGAUAGGUUUAUGGACAAGGAAAUGCUUCAUGAAGUUCAUCCGAGCAGAGAACAGGUUGCUUACAAAGAUAUUUAUGAAAUAUGGCUGCAAUCACAAAGAACAAGCAAUGUAAGAGACAAGACACCGGAGAGACGGAAGUGGGUUGAAGAUGUUAAUGAGAAGAAGAUGGCUCUUAUCCGCCAAAAAUUCAUGGAAGCAAAGCGUCUGUCUACAGAUGAGAGGUUACGUCAAUCGAAGGAGUUUGAGGAAACAUUGGAAGUUUUAAGCUCCAAUAACGAUCUGUUAAUAAAGUUAUUGGAUUCUCAAAAUCUAUAUGAACGGCAGUCUACUCCACUGGCUGAGACAAAGCGUAUUACCGUUCUUAAACCUUCAAAGAUGGUUGACAAUGAAAAAUUCUGUAGAAAGGGAAACAAUAGUGACAAGCAUUUUAAGAACCCAUUAAAUAAUGAUGCUGUGUGGGAGAAAAAUAGUCCUGGAUACUCUCCAGCCAGCCAGAAAGUUGAUGAGUUCGCUGUUCAACCUACUCGAAUAGUGGUAUUGAAGCCAAGUUCUGUGAGGGCGCAUGAUAUUAAGGACGUGGUUUCUCCAACGGUAUCAUCACCUCAAAAUCCGCAAAGUGGAAGCUUCUAUCAUGACCCUGAGGAUGAUGAUCUACUGGAAUCGAGAAAAGUGGCAGAAGAAAUUACACAACAGAUGCAUGAAGACGCGAGGAGCUACCAAAGAGAUGAAACCGUGUAUUCUUCAGUAUUUUCCACGGGCUAUAUUGGCGAUGACAGUUCAUUCUACAAAUCAGAUCAUGAGUGUACUGCUGGGAAUUUUAGUGAUUUGGAAGUUAUGUCACCAUCUCCAAGACAUUCUUGGGAUUUUGUCAAUCGCUGUGGAAGUCCUUAUUCGUCUUCAUCCUUCAGUCGUGCUUCCUGUUCUCCUGAGUCGUCAGUAUGCAGAGAGGCCAAGAAACGACUUUCUGAAAGAUGGGCCAUGAUGGCAUCUAAGAAGGGUUUUCAAGAACAAAGACAUAUGCGGAGAAGCUCUACUUUGGGCGAGAUGCUUGCUCUUUCAGAUGUGAAAAAAUCUCUAAUAUCUGAAUUUGAAGGUAUUAAUAAAGAACAAGAACCGAAUGAAUCUGUUUCUUGCAGUAAAAAUUUCAAUGAAGAAAUACGCGCAGAUGGUUCUCCUAAAAACCUUCCCAGGUCAAAAUCUGUCCCUCUUUCUUCCACUGUCUAUGAAAAUGGGCUCUACGUUGAAGCUUGUAAUAAUAAUGCUACUAAGGCACACGACUCCAAGGAGCUGACAAAGUCAAAGAGUAUGAAAUCAUCAUUUAAAGGGAAAGUUGCGAGUUUCUUAUUCUCAAGGAAUAAGAAAUCAAUCAGGGAAAAAUCUUGUCUAUCUAUUUCUACAGACGAGUCUCAAUCAACUGUUGCAGAAACAUCAGUAUCUCCAAUAAACUCACCUGAAAUCCCUAGGAAUGAUAUUUCUCAAAGCUUCAACGGUGGCUUCUCUGGAGAGUGUUCUCUUUCAACUCUUUGUGAAUCAUCGGGCAAAACUUUAUCCGGUUCUGUCUUGAACAAACAAGGCGUAAUAUCUCUGGAGCCUGAAUUGACCAUGUCAAAGCCCAGGGUGCCAUGGAUUUCCAGUGAAAACCAGGAUCAGCCAAGUCCAAUCUCAGUUUUAGAACCUCCAUUUGAAGAUGAAAAUGCAGCUCACGAGUCCUUGGACUGUAUGAAGAGUGGUCAGCUUGGAUCACGGGUGUCUCUGAAGUCUAAUUUAAUUGACAAAUCACCGCCUAUAGGAUCAAUAGCUCGAACCCUUUCAUGGGAUGAUUCUUGUGCAGAGGUGGCAAGUCCGUACCAAUUAAAGCCUUCAUUGGCUUCCUUGGACACAAAGGUGGAGGACCAAGACUUGCUUGUCUUCGUUCAUAAAUUACUAUCAGCUGCUGGACUUGAUGAUCAAGAGUCUGACUUGUUUUAUUCUAGAUGGCAUUCUCUUGAAAGUCCAUUGGACCCAACAUUGAGGGACAAAUACGCCAAUCUCAAUGACAAAGAGCCUCAACCUCUCCACGAAGCAAAGCGAAGACAGAGGAGAUCUAAUCAGAAGCUUAUAUUUGAUUGUGUCAAUGUUGCACUAAUGGAAAUUACUGGUUACGGAUUAGAAAGUUCCUUAAUGGGCAGGUUGUGGAGUGGGGGCCACAGAAGGCUCCAAGUAUCAGAGGGUGCACCUUCCCUAUUGGUGGAUUUGAUUGUAUCCCAUAUGAAGGAGUUGACAUCUAGUGGCAUGAGGUCUGUUUGGGGGGAUUGUGGGGACAGCAACAGCCUGGUGGUGGAGACUGUUGUCAGAAAAGAGGUCGUGGGUAAAGGGUGGGUUGAGCUUAUGGGAUUGGAGGUGGAUAUUUGGGUGAAGGAAGUAGAGGGGAAAUUGCUAGAAGAACUUGUGGAGGAUGCAGUGGUUGAUUUGACAGGCAGGGUCUGAAUGGUUGAAUUAAAUCCUUGAUGUGGCUUACUGCUUUGUUUUUUGAAUAUUGUAACUCUAUUAUUGUUGUAUUCGAUUGUUAACACAUGGUCCUACUUACCUAAUUUAUUAAAUGCUACUGAAAAAUGUUGCAGUAUGUUAUAGUAAUGAAUCUGUAACCCAUUAAAUAUCUACACCUCUGCUGAAACAAAGUAUAUAAAGAAUUGCAUUGGUUUUAAGUA